AAGCGCACCACCAGACCCAUGCAUUUAUAAUACUCGCUUUAAUCUACAAUCAAUCUAAUCAAAUUAACUAAAAUGCCCCUACGAUUUGAGCCCACGCAGUGCUCUCUGCCACUACUGAAUUUUCUGACCACUGCCUUAAAUGGAUCUCUCUGUCCCUACGCCAACUUUUCUUUAUAAUCAGCCUUUAACUGCCUUCCACUCUUGCUCUCUCUAUGUCAUUGCCCAAACUUUUAGUUUCACAGUGCUGCGAUCGGGUCCGGCGACGUUGCCUGAACCGGCUCAAGUUGGAGCUCCUUGUUCGUAGGACCCGGUGUUGGCACUGAUCAGUGUGGUUGAUGAUGGUGUGCAGUGGAUUUUUGUUUGUUUGUUUGGAUGGUUUUUGAGCGAUUGAGAUGAAUCCGCUGUGCUGCAUUGCUCCUGUUUCGAUCGAUCGGGACCGGGCUAAUCCGGUCGGGGCGAAAUCCCCGGGUCAGUGCCAGAUAGGGCUCGACGCGCCGGUGAGAACCGUGAGCUACACGAGACCAAGCCUCUCGGCUCAGGUGUCGUCGGCGGGUAUCGAUUCGGACAGGGUUUCGGCGGUGGUGAAACACGACGCCGAGGAUGCGGUCGCCGAGGCGAGGGAUUCGAAGGCGUACGGCGGCGUGAGUGGCGGAGUGGCGGGGAUUCUGUACAAGUGGGUGAACUAUGGGAAGGGAUGGAGGUCGAGGUGGUUCGUGCUCGAGGACGGCGUGCUCUCGUACUACAAGGUUCACGGGCCGGACAAGAUUCUGAUCAGCCCGGCGAGAGAGAUGGGCGUGAAGGUGAUCGGCGAGGACUCGAUGAGGUAUAUGCGGAAGGCUAAUUGGAGUAGCAACCGGCUCGGCGGGUCGGCCAGGGAGUGCAAGCCUUUUGGCGAAGUGCAUUUGAAGGUUUCUUCAGUUCGUGCAAGCAAAUCUGAUGAUAAAAGGCUUUCAAUAUUCACUGGAACAAAAACUCUUCACUUGCGCUGUGUAUCUAGGGAGGACAGAUCUGCGUGGAUUGAGGCACUCCUGGCUGCUAAGGAUCUAUUCCCUAGAGUUUUGACUUGCAAUGAAUUCGCACCUGCCGAAGAUGUAGUUGUUUCAACAGAGAAGCUCCGGUUACGAUUAUUGCAGGAAGGCAUUGGUGAGGCAGUUGUCAAAGAUUGCGAAUCAAUCAUGCUCUUAGAAGUCUCUGAGUUGCAAAACCGGUUGAAGGCUCUUCAACAUAAACAUGUUAAGUUGUUAGACACGCUGAGACAAUUGGAGACGGAGAAAAUAGAGCUGGAAACUACUGUGGUGGAUGAAACAAAAGAACGCGAGUCAUGUUGUGGACAAGGGAAUGGAAGAUUUAGUGAUUUCUAUUCUGUCAUGUCAGAGGGCAGUGCUACGGACUCUUGUGCAGAUAAUGAGAGUCAAGAUGGAGCAGAUGUUGAAACAGAUGAAGAUGACAGAACAUACUUCGAUACAAAUGAUUUUUUGUCUUCAGAUGCUUUAAGAAGUGCUUCAUAUAGGAGUAGGGAAACUCUGGGAAAUGCUUAUAUAUAUGAUAGAGAUUCCUUCUUUUCUGAUCAUUUGCAUGGAAUUGAGAAGGAGAUCAGGGUAGUUCAAUAUCCAUACGUCAAAAGAAGGGAUAAUUUGCCAGAACCAAAGGAGAAAGAGAAGCCCGUAGGCUUGUGGUCAAUUAUCAAGGAUAAUAUUGGAAAGGAUCUCUCUGGAGUUUGUCUUCCUGUUUAUUUUAAUGAACCACUGUCUUCAUUGCAAAAGUGCUUUGAAGAUCUGGAGUAUUCAUACUUGGUUGAUCGAGCACUGGAAUGGGGAAAGCAGGGGAAUGACUUGAUGAGAAUUUUAAACAUUGCAGCCUUUGCUGUAUCUGGUUAUGCGUCAACAGAAGGACGGCAGUGCAAACCCUUCAAUCCUCUGCUUGGGGAGACAUAUGAGGCUGAUUAUCCAGAUAAAGGACUUCGUUUUUUCUCUGAAAAAGUGAGUCACCAUCCAAUGAUUGUUGCUUGUCACUGUGAAGGAAGAGGAUGGAAAUUCUGGGCGGAUUCCAAUCUCAAAGGCAAGUUUUGGGGCCGUUCUAUUCAGCUUGAUCCUGUAGGUGUCCUUACUCUGCAGUUUGAGGAUGGCGAGAUGUUUCAGUGGAGCAAGGUUACCACUUCUAUUUAUAAUAUCAUAUUAGGUAAAAUCUAUUGUGACCAUUAUGGCACAAUGCGCAUUAAGGGCAGUGGAAAUUACUCCUGCAAGCUCAAGUUCAAGGAGCAGUCUAUCAUAGACCGAAAUCCACAUCAGGUCCAUGGAUUUGUGCAAGACAAUAGAACUGGAGAGAAGGUAGCUAUGUUGGUCGGGAAGUGGGAUGAGGCUAUGUACUAUGUGCUGGGAGAUCCAACUACAAAGCCUAGGGGUUAUGAUCCAAUGACAGAAGCUGUUCUGCUGUGGGAAAGAGAUAAAUUUGUUACCAAGACAAGAUACAAUCUCUCUCCUUUUGCAAUAUCCUUAAAUGAACUGACAACUGGCUUAUUGGAGAAAUUGCCUCCAACUGACUCGAGGCUGAGGCCGGAUCAAAGACAUCUAGAGAAUGGAGAGUAUGAAUUAGGAAAUGCAGAGAAGCUAAGGCUUGAGCAGUUACAGAGACAGGCAAGGAAGUUGCAGGAGAGAGGGUGGCAGCCAAGAUGGUUUCAGAAGGAUGAGGAUGGUUGUUACCGUUAUAUGGGUGGAUACUGGGAGGCAAGAGAUAAGAGGAACUGGGAUGGAAUUCCUGAUAUAUUUGGCCAAAGUAGCGAUUUCCCUUCCUGCUCAGGAGAAGAGUAAGGUGUCCAUUUGGUCCAUCUUGCUCUAAAUUAUUUUGGUUUCCUUGUUUCCCUCUACUGGGUUUGAGUUUAGCUGUAGCUACUCUCAAGUUAUAAAGAAGCUCCUAAAAAGUUUUAAUCUAAAUUUUGAAGGCUUUUGUGAUCUAAUUAGUUCCAUCAA